AUGGCAGUCUCUGUCGCAACCAUUCGCGCAGACGAAUUGCUCAAACGCGACACCCAGCCACCUACUUAUCGAUCGGUUGAACGAAAUUGCUUGAAGACGCGCAUAGGAGCUCUUGUAGCAUUCUGGGAGAGCAUCCAUGUCGCAAAGUGCAAUGUGUCAAAUGACGCGCGUGCUGUCGUUCCACGCCAACUCUACAGGCCAUAUGGAUCUGCUCUUCCGCGUGCUGGUGUGUUGCCCACGUAUGAGGAGAGUGUUCUCGAUGUGCCGCCAGACUAUACCAUGACCGACGCGCUCGCGAAAGUGCACACCUCCGACGAGUCUGGGAUCAUCACGAGCAACAAGGUCGAGAUCGGCCAAGACCGCAAACAAGAAAAUCACGAGCUUUUUGGUGUGCUUGAGAAGCUGGAUCUUCAGAGCUCAGACCAUAUCAGAACUCACGCAGGCAAGAAAGCCAAGAAAGCAGCAAAACAGGCCCAGAUGAGCAAGUGGGCAGAUAGUGAUAACGAGGAGAAGAAAGAGGGCGAGGAUGGUGCUGCGGGAGAUGACAAUGCGGGUGGAGGCGAUGCAGGCGGUGCUGGAGGUGAUGACCCUCCGGGAGGUAAUGGGGGCGACGAUGGCGACGAAUUGAAUGAUUCAGGAAAGAAGGGGAAGAAGGAUAAGAAAAAGAAGAAAAGUAUUUGGGACGAUCUGGAGGACGAGGAGAAAAAGAAAGAGGAAGAGGAGGCCAACAAGGCUGGGGAGCAGCCCGCAUCUGGCGCUGCCGAUGCUUCUCCAGCGGAUGACUGGGGAUCCUUCGCCGCAGUUGGAAAGAAAGGCAAGAAGGGCAAGAAGGGGCAGGUGGAGCCGGAGCCUGUUGCUGAAGUUGUCGACGUGCCAGCCGUAGAGGUGGCCGCCGAUGAUGAUUGGAGCGGCUUCACUACAGGCAAAAAGAAGAAGAAAGGGAAGAAAGAGCCUGAGCCUAAGCCUGAGCCUGAGCCUGAGCCCGAACCAGAACCAGAACCAGAACCAGAACCAAAACCAGCAGUAGAGGCAGAAGAUCCUUGGGGGUCGUUCGCGACGGUAGGAAAGAAGAAGUCCAAGAAGAAAGGUGAGCCCGAGCCGGAGCCCGAACCGCCUGCCCCCGAGAUACCACCACCAGCAGAAACGAACGACGACGACUGGGGUUUUGGCAAGAAGAAGAAAGGCAAGAAAGGCGAGAACGAGCCAGUCGCCCCCGAACCAACGAAGGAAGACAUGAACUUCGACGACAUCAACCUCAACGACGAUAAGACAGCCCCGAAACUCGACAUUGACUUUGGACUCGGGAAGAAGACUGAACCUGCCGCUGAGAAGUCUAGUGGGUUCAGCUUUGGAGGAUGGGGCAGUGGGUGGGGUAGCGGAGCUGCCGCGUCUUGGGGAUUCGGUAGCUCCCAAGCUGAGGCUCCCGCAGAGCCGAAGCAAGAGGAAUCCACGGGCUGGGGUUUCACCUCGACGUCGUCGAAGAAGAGCAAGGAUACGAAGAAGUCCAAUGCAUUCGACUUCAGCUUCGACGAUACUGGCGGCGACGCUCUUGCUGACACACUCGACCUCGGUGCGCCGGCAGCCAAGGAGGAACCCAAGGCAGAAGAGGAUUUGUGGGGGUCUACAAGUGCUAAGGACAAGAAGAAAAAGAAGAAGGGCGCAAUGGUAGAACCAGAACCGAUCAUCGAGGCUCCGCCGCCACCGCCUGUAGAGCCACCGGCGGAAGAGGAUCCAUGGGCUUCGUUCAGUACCAAGAAAGACAAGAAAAAGAAGAAGGGAGCAGUAGCAGAACCCGAGCCCAUCGUCGAAGUCCCUCCACCGCCGCCUCCUGCUCCAGAAGAGCCGCCAGCAGAAGACUCUUGGUCUUCCAUAGGUAAGAAAGAUAAGAAAAAGAAGAAGGGCGCUUCGAUGUGGGACCAACCUGAACCUGAGCCCGAGCCCGAACCGAUUGCGAUACCAGAGCCAGAGCCUGUCAAGGAGAAGGAGGAUGAAAUGCCCUUCGGAAUGUCUGCGAAGGACAAAAAGAAGGCCAAAAAGGCGGGCAAGAACGCUAUUGUUGAGCUCCCAGUAGAGGAGCCUCCACCGCCCCCAGAGCCCGAACCUGAGCCUGCCCCAGCAAUGGUGGACGCUUUCGAUGGAUGGGGCAAGACUACCAAAAAGGACAAGAAGUCGAAAACAAAGAGCACAUUUGACUGGUCUGAAGAGCCUGCUGAACCGGUGAUUGAAGUGCCUCCAGUCGUGGAGCCUGAACCAACGACCGAUUGGCUGGGCGGUGGUUGGGCAGACACUUCGAGCAAGAGCAAGAAGAAAGGCAAGAAAGGGGCGAUGGAAGAAGUGCUGCCACCUGCUCCGCCUCCGCCUCCACCCCCGCCAGAGCCAGUCGCCGAUGCGGGCGGCGGGGAUUGGUUCUCAGGGUUUGGCACCACGAAGAAAGCCGACAAAAAAUCCAAGAAGGGCAAAGUUGAUGCUUGGGAGCCUGCUGCGCCGGCGCCUCCUCCUAUCGACGAUGCGUUUCUCAUGCCAGAAGCGGUCGUUGAGCCCAAGGCUGAAGGAGUGGAUGACUGGGCGAACUCUUGGUCGACUGGGACCAAAAAGAAGGCAACCAAGAAGGACAAGAACAAGGGCGUGGUGGAAGUGUCCGAUCCUAGUCCCGGUGCAUCGAUCUUAUUGCCUGAAUCUGUCCAGGAGAAGUCUGCAGAAGAUCCUUGGACGACAGGAAAGAAGACCAAGAAGGGUGCGAAAAAGGGCAGCGCUUCUGACGCACCUCCGGUUGCACCUCCCCCGCUUGCCUUGGAAGAUGUCCCAGCACAUACGGCGGACGGAAUGGAUCUACUUGACAUGAGUGCGCCUCCGGCAGAUGACUCUUGGGGAUUCGCAACUACAACGAAGAAGAAGGGUCAAGUAGACAAGAAAGGAUCCAAGAUCGUCGAAGCGCCUAAAGUGGAGGAGCUCACGCUGUCGAAGACCAAAUCGAAAGACUCGAAACGGUCUGCCUUCGAUGAUAUCCUUGACAUCGUUGAGGAGGCUGAGCCGGAGCCCGCGCCAGAAUCACCCAAAGAAGAGAAGAAGGAAGACAAGUCAUCUUCUUCUGGUUGGGGUCUUUUCGGCAGCAGCUCUAAAUCGAAGCCAAGCAAGAAGGAGACCCCCAAAGAGCAGAAAGAAAGAGAGAAGAAGGAGAAGAAGGAGCGCGAGGCCGCCGAGGCCGCCGAAGCAGAAGAGGCACAGCGCAAAGCAGAUGAGGAUGCCUUUGCUGCUGCUCUUGGUGAGGAUCCGAACGAUAUCCUCGAUCUUGACGACGAGCCCGCACCACCAUCGAAGAAGUCUUCUAAGGACAAGGACAGCAAGAAGAAAGGUACGGAUAAGUUGGGCAAAGUCGACAGCAAGUCCAGCAAGAAGUCAGAGCCUAAGGAAGACCCAAUUGCUGCCAUCGUCAACGCACCGGAGCUAGAUCCGGAUUUGGAUUUUGACGAAUCAAAGAAGACCGACGGCUGGGGAUUUUGGGGUUCGUCACUCAAAUCUACCAAGAACGCCACACCCGCGACUGCCACGAAGAGUAAGAUUGGCUCGGACCUCUGGGCCAAUCAAGACGCAGCUUACAACGGCAGUACGAAGAUGCCAGAUGUUUCCUUUGGCGACAAUGGGCUCACCUCAGCAAUGCCGCCACCCAAAGCGAGCGCGUCUUCCAAGAUGAAGGCUAACGCGAAGACAUCGAGCAUUCAGGACCGCAUAAAAGCACUGCAAGGCGACUCCACCGACGCCAAGCCAUCAAAGUCGAAGAAGGGCGCUAGUGCUGCACCACCCGAGGACUUCUGGCCUGAGCCUGAGCCAGAACCGGAACCUGUCUUCGAGGUACCAGUCCCAGCUGCGGUACCCGAGAAGAAGUCCAAGAAGUCGGGCUCCUCGAAGAAGGACAACAAGAAGGACCUGUCCGCUGCUGAGCCGGUCAUUCCUCACUCGGAAUCUCCUGUGCCUGGAGGGUUCCCUGUGGACGACAUCCUCGACUUUGACCCAGAACCGGAAAUGGUUUCACCACCGCCGAGGAAGUCUUCCAAAGAUAAGAAAGUGUCCAGCAAGUCUACUAAAGAAUCGAAGUCGAAGAAAACAGAGCCUGUGGUGGUUGAAGCGCCACCGCCGCCGACUAACGAUGACGAUCUCAUGGGAGCCGGCGACGAUGACCUCCCUACGCCGCCGCCCGAGGACGAGACGAAAGACAAAUCAAGGUCUUCGAAAAAGGAACGCCCAAAAGUUGUGCGCGACACUGGCUCGUCUUCGUGGGGAUUCUGGGGUGCGACUCCAUCUAAGAAGCCGACAAAGAAAGACGGUGCCACAACUCCUUCCAAUGAACGGCCUGCGGGGCUUUCUCGAUCUAAGUCGGCGCGCAAGCCCUCUGACAAGGACCCACUCGAGAAGUCAUCCAAGUCAUCAGGCUCCGACAAAGAUGGCAAGCGCGAAUCAAAGUCUCGGCCAAGCACUUCUCGUGGCAUGAGCUUCUCCAUGUUCGGUAUGGGAGGGACUCCAGCCCGUUCAAAAUCGACUCGCCAGUCUACCAAACCCAGCUCACGUCGUCACUCCACGGCUGUCGAAGACAACGGCCUCAUGUCCCCACCGCCAGAAGAUCACGAGAUGUCAGCCAAGGCAGCCAAGGUUAUGGGUGUCAGUCGCUCCAAGUCCACAAGGGAGAAGUCUUCUCGUAAGGUCCCAGACCCAUAUGCCAUUGACUCGGAUGACCUUGUCAUGGUCGACGCGCCUGAGGAUUCCGCCAAGGACAUGGCCGAGCCCAAGCAACGCAAAAAGUCGAGCAAGUCAAGACGGGAACCAUCUUACAUGUCAGGCGGUCUCGGAGGCGCGGACGAUGAGUUGAUGCCCGAUGCAGUUCGUCACUCUGAUGAGGCCAAAGUCUUUUCUGGCCCCGAUGAUCUCGCAUUCGUGGAGCGACCAGCACCAGUGCGAAGAACUACCUCCAGCGCGAAGAAGACGGCUGGUCUGAUGGGAGGCAUCUUGGGCGCCUUCUCUGCUCGACCAACGCCAGAUCGUCGUCAAAGCAAAGCCUACGAGAGCGAGGACGGUCGGCGCAAGCGCGGAUCAGCCUACGAUGACGACCACGCGAAACGUCUUCGACGAGAAGAUCGCAAGGUGAACCGUAGUCGAAUGCCAUCCGAUGGCAACGCCUACGCAGAUCCUGUGCCCAUGACUGAUGUGGAAGACGCUGAAGCAAAAGAAGCUCGUCGGCGGGAGCGUCGUGAGCGUCGCGAUCGCGAAGCCGCUGACGAGGAGGCUCGUGCCGCUCGUCGACGUGAAAAGGAAGACAGCCGUCGUGUUAGGGCACGCGAGGAAGAAGAUCAGCGCGAGGCCGAAAGACGUCGAGCCCGUCGCGCGGAGAAGGAAGCACGCCGUGCCGAAGAUGAUCGUCUUGCCCGCGAAGAAGAGCAAGCUCGAGAAGAACGCCGCGAACGUCGUCGCGAGAAGGAACGUCAACGAGCCGAGGAUGAAGCCGCAGCAAGCUCAAGACCUAAGACUGACAGGCGACGAUCAUACAUGGACGCUCCGGACGACGACGAAGCUCGACGAGUGCGCCGAGAGGAGCGCAGAUUGCGCCGUAGCGUGGAUCAAGGUACCGAGAAGGAGCGACCACGUCCCUCACGUCGUCGCUCUGACUAUCCUGCAGCUGACGGGGUUUAUGAUAAGCGCAAUGGUGAGCAUUCCCCUGGUGUGGUCCCCUCGCCAAUUGCUCACGCUAUCAAGACCGGCGGUGAUAAAACUGCGUCUUGGGUGCACUCUGUAAACGAGGACCGACCGCCGCCUCCACCCAUCGAAGGCACAAUCAUCGAUGCGCCUGUACACUAUGCCGAAGAUAACGCGCCUGACGCUCUUGACGACACCACGGCACGCGAAUACCGCAACAGACGCAGACGAGAGCAGGGCGACUACGCCGACGAGGACUCUGAGCGACGUAGAAGAAGGCGGGAUGUUCCCAGUGGCAGUGGCGGCAGCUCUCAUGGCCGCAACAAGAGCUAUGGCGGACCAAGCAACAGCCUUGGAUAUGAUGACAUGGGCGCGAAGACAUGGGAUGGGAGGCCAGCAAACAACCGCAGACAGAGCUGGUUUAAGAAGAUUGCGGGCUUCUAG